UGAAUCUUAUUGUGAAUUGACAAUGUCACUAAACCCAAAAACAAAAACAAAAAAGGGAAAGAUCAAAGAGAAUCAAGAUUACCUAUAAGAAGCUUCAUCAAUCAUCAAUGGCGCCUAAUCCUGUUCCCCCGAGAUUCUUGACGCAAACCAAUGCCUUGUUCAGAAAAAACUUAACCUUUCAGAAACGGAACAUAUGGAGCAAUGUUCGGCUCAUCGUGAUCCCAUUGUACCUCUGCGUGGUUCUAGUGGGCAUUCAAGCUCUGUUCGAUACACAGGUCAAUAACUCUCCUGAUAAUCGAUGUGGUUGUCAAUGCAUUGACGACAAAUGCGAAAGAAAGAGUUGCGGUUUAGAAUAUUCAUCUCCAAACCAAGCCAUCUUCUGUGCCUUCCCAAAUCCUCCACUAUUGCCUCCAUUGUUACAUGUUCCGCCUUCUAUUGCUAGUGACUCGUGCAGACGAAACGGAUCUUGUCAUGUAACUAUACUUGUUACAGGAAAUAACCAUUCCCUUGGAGCAAGGUACAACAUCAGAGGCAGUAAACACUAAUUAUCUUGAUCCAGGGAUUCAAUCAGAUCUUCCCAUAUUCAACAUCCAACCUCGUGCUCUCCACCCACUACAUUCUCAUUCUCAUUUCAACAAUCACCUCUCGAGUUUCAUAAAGAGGUGAGGUGUGUUCCAGGUUUGAGUCUCUGGCGAAAUAGCUCCAUGGAGGUCAACGACGAGAUCUUCAAGGGCUAUCGGCAAGGAAACCACGGGGAUAUCACCAAUGAGGUCGUUGCAGCAUACGAUCUCUUGGACACCGAUAUGAACAACUUCAAUGUGACCAUCUUGUAUAACUCCACAUACACGAUUGAUAUACAAGAUAGGCGUGCCAAGUUUGUCCGAGUUCCUCGCUCAGUCAAUUUGGUUUCGAAUGCUUAUCUUCAGCAUUUGCAAGGGCCAGGGACAAAGAUGUUAUUCGAUUUUGUGAAAGAAAUGCCUAAACAAGAAACUAGGCUUCACCUGGACGUGGCUUCUCUCAUUGGCCCCAUUUUCUUCACUUGGGCUAUUCUUCUUCUAUUCCCUGUGAUAGUGAACUCAUUGGUCUAUGAAAAGCAACAGCGUCUAAGAAUCAUAAUGAAAAUGCAUGGUUUAGGAGAUGGUCCGUAUUGGAUGAUUUCCUAUGCAUAUUUUCUCGCCAUAUCAACAUUAUACAUUAUAAGCUUAAUGAUAGUUGGGUCAGCAAUAGGACUGAAGUUCUUUCGGCUCAAUGACUACACCAUCCAAUUCAUUUUCUAUUUUCUUUACAUAAAUCUGCAAAUAUCUAUUGCCUUUCUAAUUUCCUCAGUAUUUUCAAAAGUUGAGACAGCAUCAGUUGUUGCUUACAUACACAUCUUUGGAUCUGGUCUCUUGGGCGCAUUUCUCUUCCAGUUUCUGAUAGAAGAUUUAUCGUUUCCCAAAAGCUGGAUUUUUGUCAUGGAGUUGUAUCCAGGCUUCUCUUUAUACCGUGGGUUGUAUGAGCUCUCUAUAUACGCGUUUCAUAGGAAUGUGAAUGGGAGUGCUGGGAUGAAGUGGAAACAUUUCAGUACUGAUAGUGCAAUGGGUGAAGUUUUCUACAUCAUUAUCGUUGAGUGGUUUCUUGCACUCGUUGCAUCAUACUAUAUUGAUCGGUUCUCUUUAUCCGCGAAUGGCCCUUUUUCAUUCUUGAGAAAUCCUUUCAAGAAAUCUCUUUCUCCACAAAAGUCUAGAUUCCAAAAGCAGAACUCUACAGUGACGGUAGAAAUGGAGAAAGUAGAUGUCACUCAAGAGGUAGAGAUGGGAACCAACCAAAAAUAGCCGUUCGCGGGUUGUCUCUUGCAGUGGCUUCAAGAGAAUGCUUUGGCAUGUUAGGGCCAAAUGGUGCUGGAAAGACCUCUUUCAUCAACACGAUGACUGGACUUGUGAAACCAACCUCAGGGUCAGCGUUUGUUCACGGUUUGGAUAUAUGCAAGGAUAUGGACAAAGUAUACACUAGCAUGGGUGUAUGCCCACAACACGAUUUGCUCUGGGAGACACUGACCGGGAGAGAACAUCUGCUAUUUUAUGGAAGACUUAAGAAUCUGAAAGGCUCUGAUCUUAAUAAAGCUGUAGAGGAAUCUCUCAAGAACGUCAACCUUCUCAAUGGAGGAGUAGCUGAUAAACCUGCUGGGAAAUACAGCGGAGGUAUGAAAAGACGGCUAAGUGUAGCCAUUUCACUAAUCGGGAGUCCUAAGGUUGUAUAUAUGGAUGAGCCAAGCACGGGGCUUGAUCCAGCUUCAAGAAUGAACCUAUGGACUGUCAUCAAACGGGCAAAAGCACACACUGCGAUAAUCCUCACUACUCACUCAAUGGAAGAGGCAGAGUUUCUCUGUGACCGAUUAGGGAUUUUCGUAGAUGGGAGGUUACAAUGCAUAGGGAACCCAAAAGAGCUAAAGGGAAGAUAUGGUGGAUCCUAUGUGUUUACUAUGACAACAGCAUUAGAGAAUGAGAAAGAUGUGGAGAUGUUGGUUCAAGAUUUUUCUUCAAACGCCAAAAAGAUAUAUCACAUAUCAGGGACACAGAAAUUUGAAAUCCCAAAAGAGGAAGUUCGGAUCUCAGAAAUGUUCAAGGCGGUGGAGAAGGCCAAGAGCAGUUUCAGGGUGUUUGCUUGGGGACUUGCGGAUACAACUCUUGAAGAUGUCUUCAUCAAGGUAGCAAGAGGUGAUCAGGAUUUUAAUGUAUAUUCUUGAAUCUUCUUAAGAUUAUCUUCUUCUUCUUCUUCUUCUUUUGUCUCGUGGGUACUAAUUUGGUCAUGUAGAUGUUUGGAAAUACUCAUUAGUCAUGUAUAUUACUGAGAGUAGGCUGCAAGACCGUGAGAAAGGGAAAAAUUACCAAGUCUCAAUCUCAUAUUUCCCAAACCCAUUUUGAAGGCAGCUCUGGAGUUGUGGGGAAAAUGCUGGUCCAUGAUGAUAACAUAGAUACCAUAGUCUCUUGUUCAAAUAUAUACCCUUACUUUUCAAAUAUAUAACAAUAAAUUUG